GCGGGCCGGGCAGGUUUUCCGGAAGGACGCUGGGUCCCUGCUCGCGCCGGCGCGAGCUACAGCCUGGGAGGCGCCGCAUUUCCGGCUCUCUGUCGCGGCUGCUGGCGCUGCAUAGAUUGCCCUUGCAGAAAUGUCGGGGUUCAGCCCGGAACUCAUCGACUAUCUGGAAGGGAAAAUCUCCUUUGAGGAGUUCGAAAGACGGAGAGAAGAGAGAAAAACCCGCGAGAAGAAAAGUCUUCAGGAAAAAGGAAAGUUAUCUGCUGAAGAAAAUCCAGAUGACUCUGAAGUUCCAUCAUCAUCAGGAAUUGUCUCUACCAAAUCCCAGGACAAAGAUGCUAGUGAAGGAGAAACAUCAGAUGGAGUGAGUAAAUCAGUUCACAAGGUCUUUGCUUCCAUGCUUGGAGAAAAUGAAGAUGAAGAGGAGGAAGAGGAAGAAGAGGAGGAAGAGGAAGAAACACCUGAGCAGCCCACUGCAGGGGAUGUAUUUGUAUUGGAGAUGGUUCUCAAUCGUGAAACCAAGAAAAUGAUGAAAGAGAAAAGACCUCGGAGUAAACUUCCAAGAGCUCUAAGGGGUCUCAUGGGUGAAGCCAACAUUCGCUUUGCUCGAGGAGAACGCGAAGAGGCAAUAUUGAUGUGCAUGGAAAUCAUAAGACAAGCUCCUCUGGCUUAUGAGCCAUUCUCUACCCUUGCCAUGAUAUAUGAGGACCAAGGUGACAUGGAGAAAUCAUUGCAGUUUGAGUUGAUUGCUGCACAUUUAAAUCCCAGUGACACAGAAGAAUGGGUCAGACUGGCAGAGAUGUCUCUGGAACAAGACAAUAUUAAGCAGGCUAUUUUUUGCUAUACCAAAGCUCUUAAAUAUGAACCUACUAAUGUUCGUUAUCUGUGGGAGCGAUCAAGUCUUUAUGAACAGAUGGGUGAUCAUAAAAUGGCCAUGGAUGGUUAUAGGCGUAUUUUAAAUCUUUUGUCUCCAUCUGAUGGAGAACGUUUUAUGCAAUUGACUAGAGAUAUGGCAAAGAGUUACUAUGAAGCCAAUGAUGUUACUUCAGCUAUUAAUAUAAUUGAUGAAGCUUUCUCCAAACACCAGAACCUAGUCUCCAUGGAAGAUGUUAACAUAGCAGCUGAACUGUGUAUUUCUAACAAGCAGUAUGACAAAGCUUUAGAGGUAAUUACAGAUUUUUCUGGAAUUGUGCUGGAAAAGAAAACUUUAGAAGAAGGCACCUCAGAAGAGAAUAAAGCUCAUGAGGAUGUUACCUGCACUAUACCUGAUGGUGUGCCAAUAGACAUCACUGUAAAGUUGAUGGUCUGUCUUGUGCAUCUCAACAUCCUUGAACCACUUAAUCCUCUCUUGACAACACUAGUGGAACAGAAUCCUGAAGACAUGGGAGACCUCUAUCUAGAUGUUGCUGAAGCUUUUCUGGAUGUUGGUGAAUAUAAUUCUGCACUUCCUCUGCUCAGUGCGCUCGUUUGCUCUGAAAGAUACAACCUUGCAGUAGUUUGGCUUCGGCAUGCAGAAUGUUUAAAGGCCUUAGGCUAUAUGGAGCGUGCUGCAGAAAGCUAUGGCAAAGUGGUUGAUCUGGCCCCUCUCCAUUUGGAUGCAAGAAUUUCACUUUCCACCCUUCAGCAGCAGCUGGGCCGUCCUGAGAAAGCUCUGGAAGCUCUGGAACCAAUGUAUGAUCCAGAUACUUUAGCACAGGAUGCAAAUGCUGCACAGCAGGAACUGAAGUUAUUGCUCCAUCGCUCUACUCUGUUGUUUUCACAAGGGAAAAUGUAUGGCUAUGUGGAUACCUUGCUUACUAUGUUAGCCAUGCUUUUAAAGGUAGCAAUGAAUAGAGCCCAAGUCUGUUUGAUAUCCAGUUCCAAAUCUGGAGAGAGGCAUCUCUAUCUAUUUAAAGUAUCAAGAGACAAAAUAUCAGACAACAAUGACCAAGAGACAGCAAAUUGUGACGCAAAAGUCCCUUUGGUCGUCAACUUAAGAGAUUCCACUGCACAAAAAUUAAAAGGAGAACAUCUGCUUAAAUCUUCUUAUGAAAAAACAAUAUUUGCUGUCCUCAUGAGUGUUUUGACAAAAGAUGACUGGUGGAACCUUCUCUUGAAGGCCAUAUACUCCUUAAGUGACCUAUCCCGAUUUGAAGAGGCUGAGUUGCUUGUAGAUUCUUCAUUGGAAUAUUAUUCCUUUUAUGAUGACAGGCAAAAACGCAAAGAACUAGAGUAUUUUGGUCUGUCUGCUGCAAUUCUGGACAAAAAUUUCAGAAAGGCAUACAACUAUAUCAGAAUAAUGGUAAUGGAACAUGUCAAUAAACCCCAGCUCUGGAACAUUUUCAAUCAAGUUACCAUGCACUCCCAAGAUGUGCGCCAUCAUCGCUUCUGUCUCCGAUUAAUGCUGAAAAACCCAGAUAAUCAUGCAUUAUGUGUCUUAAAUGGACACAAUGCAUUUGUCUCUGGUAGUUUUAAGCAUGCACUUGGACAGUACGUACAAGCCUUUCGUACCCAUCCCCAUGAACCUCUCUAUAGCCUCUGUAUAGGCCUAACCUUUAUUCAUAUGGCAUCUCAGAAGUAUGUGUUAAGGAGACAUGCUCUUAUUGUGCAGGGCUUUUCCUUUCUUAAUCGAUACCUCAGUCUACGUGGGCCUUGCCAGGAAUCAUUCUACAAUUUGGGUCGUGGCCUUCAUCAGUUGGGGCUGAUGCAUCUUGCAAUCCAUUAUUACCAGAAGGCCCUAGAGCUCCCUCCACUUGUGUUAGAGGGUAUAGAAGUUGAACAGUUAGACUUACGAAGAGAUAUUGCCUACAACUUGUCUCUCGUUUAUCAGAGCAGCGGGAACAUUAGAAUGGCUCGAAGGCUUUUGUAUACCUAUUGUACUAUAUAAAGCACUUCAACUGAGAAAGCCCUGGCAGCUGCUGUGUAAGAACCAAAAAUCUUCCGUCUCAGGGUUUAUUAUUCAUAACUUCAGUGAUAAUUUCAGAAUUAUCUAA